GUGUGAGUACAACACUGGCCGAAAUGUCAUGGCCGCCUUCGCCAUUGCGACAUAUGUACCGUGACAAGUCAUGUCAUUUGUGUCCAUGAUAUAUGAAAAAUUCCAAUGGCAGAUUCUUUCUUCGGGUUCGAUACUUCGUUAUCGAACUUAAAUGACGAUGAGGGAGGUGGGGAGCCCUCAGAGGACGAGUAUGAUGCGCUCAACGAUGAAACCUUUGGUCAAGGUUCUGACGAGUUCGACUGGGAGGUGGAACAUGAGCAGCUGGCGGAACAGCUGGAGAGCAGCCGCAGGCAUCAUGGCGGCAUCGACGACCUCGCCAAUACACAGCUCGAGGCAUCGCUAUCCCAGCUAGUGUUGGAUGAGACGGACGCGCCGCAGUCGAGAACCAUCGGAUCCAGCGUGUGGAAACAUGACCCGAUCUUCCCGAGCGCGCCCACACCUGUACAAGGACUUAAGAAUGUAUGCACAGUGGAGGAACUGGAGCGCCAGCUGCGGCAGAAGCAGGCGCAGCCUUCUUACAACCAGAAUUACUUCCAGCCAAGAUUUCCACCGGUGAUACUACAAAGGCCGCCUGGUUUGCAGGCGCCCGUACCACUACCAUUCGCACCACAACAACCGAUGUCCCACGGCAUGAACCAACCACUCAGCAAACUCAUGAACCAAAUGGGACAAAACAACCAACUCAUACAAAACCAUGUAAACCAACUCAAUCAAGGCGUUACCCCCUUCAUGAACAACCAAAUGGGUAAUCAAAUGAAUAACCAGUUCCAAAAUAACCCAAUCGGUCCCGGUAAUAACCUUAUGAGUCAGUUAUCACAGAAUCUAAGUGUUCACCAGAUGAGCAAUAACCAGAUGAUGGGUCAAAAUGUCAACCAAAUGAGUCAGAAUUUAAAUAUGACGCAAAGUAUGGGACAGUUGGGUCAGAAUAUGAAUCAGAUGAGUCAAAACAUGAACCAAAUGAGUCAGAUGGGUCAGAAUGUGAACCAAAUGAGUCAGAUGGGUCAGAAUGUUAACCAGAUGAGUCAAAAUCAAAUGGGACAGUCUCAGAUGAGUCAAAACCAAAUGGGUCAGAGUCAGAACCAGCUUGGUCAGAAUCAGAUGGGUCAAAACCAGAUGAGUCAAAACCGUAUGGGUGAUAUGUCAUCAAUGUCACAGAAUAUGAAUCAAAUGGGCAACCAUUUUUCUAAUAACCAGAUGAGUCAGAGUCAUAACCAGAUGAUGCCAAACGGCAACCAGUUUGGCAUGAACCAGUUUCAACAUAUGAUGGGUCAGCCAAGGAUGAUGGCGCCGCCUCCUGGUAUCAAUAUGCAGAGACAAAACUUUAAUUCUAAUAUUCCACAGGUUAAUCUUAAUUUUCGUCCCUCAAUACAAUCAAAACCAGAGCAACCAAUAGCCCAACAAAACAUGAUGAUGAACCAACAAAUGCUAAUAAAAAACCAACAGCAACCACUAAACAACAUUAAAACAUCAACCAGCAACCAAAUGAGUCAAAUGAACCAACUCAACCAUGUAACAACGCAACCACAAGCAAAAACCAUACAGAAACCGGUUCAAAAAGACCAGAAAGUCCAAAAGAGUCGGGUCUACAACAACUCCAAGAAUCAAGGUCAAAGUCAAAGUCAAAAUCAGAAUUUGACUUCGCAGAAUUUGGUGCAGUUGAUACAGAAUACGCAUCCGAUGUUGCAAUUCAACAAUAGUUAUCAUAAUGCAAAUCAUCAUCCGAUGUUGAAUAAUAGAAAUAAUAUGUUUACCAACAGUCAGUUUAAUCAUCCCAUGUUCAAUCAAAGGGUUAAUGGCAUAUAUAAUAAUAGACAUGCGGUAAACGGCGACGACGCGAGCGGCAGCGACACCGACGAGUACGCGGGUUUGAUGACCGCGCGGGAGAAACAGUGGCUCAUCAACAUACAGAUGCUGCAGCUCAACACCGGCACUCCUUACAUACACGACUUCUAUUACACGGUGUUCCUAGAGAGACAGGCGAGUAAAGAGAAGGAAGGCGUGAAGGAGGCUCACAAGGCGAACCAGCAGAACCAUCCAUUCUACAGCGGAGGUGUAAAACAAGAGACGCACACGCACCGCGAGCGCCACAACUCGAACCGACACAACUCCACCGGCGAGGACAGCGCCACGCCGCGGACAUACGUGCCCACGCAGUUCGAGAACUCGCUCGGGAAGCUGCAGUGUGGCAGUGUGACAGCGCCGCGCAAGAUUAUCGACGUUGAGGUGGUUGGCGCGGACGCGGCCCCGUCUCGUAUGUCGCGGGCCUCCAGCGUCGCUAGCACUACGCAUCCCACUGAGGUUCCCCGAGAGAUGAAGAGAACGAAACAGCUGCUACUGGACAUAGAGGCGCUUUACUUAAUACUACUACGACUGGAGGAACUCAACGACCCUCUGGCGAUAUCCAACGCGCUUAUAUUGAAGGAAAGAGAAGAGAAACAGAAGCAAUUAGAAGCGGCGCAGAAGGAGGAGAGUGAGCAGCAAGAGGUGGCCAACCUGUUUCUGAAGAACAUCGAGUCUGUGCAGCGCAGGCCUAAGCAGGAUAGUCCUAAGAGCGAGAGCAUUGAUAAACGACAGGUGGUGAACCUAGCAGUGAACCAGAAGCCGGCGCCGUCGAAGAACCUGCUGGACGAGGACAAGGACGAGCUGGUGAACAAGAUGUUCGCCGGCCUGCUGCACAGUGACAGGGUGCAGCAGAUGCUUACCGUCAGGAAGGGACGGACCCUAAUCUCCCGGUUCGUGGGCCGCGUCCCGGCGUCCCACGUGCGGCUGCGGUCGCUGUGGUCCAAGCUGCUGCGGGGGCUGCCGGCCGCCGCCCGCCGGGACCCCAACAACCUCGCCCCGCUCGCCACGCACUACAGGAACUACAUCCAGACGACGACCGGCUGGUCCCCCAUCCUGGAGUCGUGCAGCCUGCUGGCGGAGGCCUUCGACCCCGCCAGGACUCCCUACGCACUCACCACUCCCUUCACUCUCAGCUGCGUCUGUGCAUUAAUGGAGAAAGCAGCUAUACUAGUAAACACACCAGAAGCGACGUCCAACGAGCGUCAAUGGUCGAAAUUCCUAAAAACUUUAGCCAGAGCGCUGAAAAACACGACAUUAAAUGUUGCCAGACCUUUGCAACCUAUAGCUGGCAACAAAUUACUGUACCAUAUGAAACAGCUCGACUCUAGAAGCACAAUUGAAAUACUACAGAGAGGUAAGACGGCAGAAUUCGCCGAUAUAUUGAAAUCUGAGGUCACAGAACUCUUACUCAAGCACCUGUGUUGAUAUUCGACUAAUUCGACUCAAUUUACAGUCGAAAAAUAAACCUACGCUAGUAUCCGACCACUGGUCGAUUGGUAUUCGACCACGAAAGAUUUAUAGACUAUAUUUUCAUGGAAAUAGAGUCGUUUUUCAGUAAAAUAAUGUCAAGACUUAGGGUACUAUAUGAAUGAAGUGUUAAACUUCGGUUUUUUUUAAUUUGACUUAUAUAUAUAUAUAAAAUCAGAAUGUCGCCGGUAUAAAUGUAAAUAUAUCAAUUAUAACAUGAUUAUUGUUUAAAUGCUUGUUUUUCAUUGUUUCUUUGUUAUUUUUUGUUUUUAUUUGGGUAUGCUGAAAUGUUCCUAUUUUAUCUAUUUACAAGAACAUGUAAAAAAAGUGUUAUAAAUCGACUGUUGGAAAGACUAAUUUGAUAAGACAUAAUACAAAUAUGAAGCAAAUAAUUCAUAUAUAGUAUACACAAAGAUACUAUUUUCAUAGGUCUUGCACAGUAAGGUCCUGUGGUUAUAGAAGGCAAUAAAAAUCAAAAACAUUUGUUGAAAAUUCUCAGAAACAACACAGUCUGGAAUUGUGUCCAGUAUAUGGCAACAGACUCACCCCCUAUUACAUGGGACUUAUAACACAAAUGGUGAAAAGUGGGUGUACAUUAUAUGUACACCUUUGUACCCUUAGUAUGAGUUUGCUUUCCGCUUAAAAUUAUCAAAACGAGUGCGCGAUCGGCGGUCUGAUUAGUCGGCUAGAAUAAACCGACCAAUCAGAGCGCCGAACGCGCUCUCGUUUCGAUUACUUUAAACGUAAAGCAAACUUAUACUAAGGGUUACUGUCUAUCCGUUUAUGACAAAGGCAAGAUCUCAUUAUAUGAGUCGAAAUGAAUUAGUAACAUUUUAGCAUAUCUACAUAAUGUCUUAUGAAUUAAAUUGACAUGAAAAGUUAUGGAUGCUUGUUGAAAGCUUAGGUAUACUGUUUACGUUGCGUCAUUUUACCCUUAUAGUUUCAUUGGCUAGACUUGCCUAUCUGGCAGAUAAAGCCUCGUAUUCAUUGUAAACAUUUUGCUUAGCAACAGUUCAUAGCGAGAAUGCUGCUGGAAACUUUGUUUAAACUAAUAUAAACUGAUAUUUUCGCUCGCCGGGCGUCAACUCUGCAGCAUGGCGCGAUCAACUCCGCAACACAAGUGUUGCCCACAACAUGUUUAUGCAAUAUGCCAUGUUGCUAAACAAAAAGUUUACCAUGAAUACAAGGCUUUAGUAUACAGGCACUUAACUGUGAAAUUGUGCUUAGUAACUCAUUUUAUUGGUUAGCGUAAAUUAUCAAUUAAAUUUCGUAUGAUUUUUGAGCUAUAAUGAACCUUAUAUGUCUGAAAAUUACGUUAAUUUCUCUUUAAAAGCAGCCCUCGAUAGUAAUUUUCAAAAAUUUUAAAUACCUUAGUAAAAUUCUUAUUACAUUUAUUUACAAAAUGACUAAAGAUAGAUACACAAGAAUUUAUUAAUUUUACGUUUUACGGAUAGCCUCUAUUAUAUCAGAUAAAUAAUAUCGGUUAGAAGUUUAAAGACCGCUUAUACCUCCAUCUAGCGAUGUGAAAACGAACUACAAAGUCCACACUAUAACUUAUACUUGCGACUUUACUUGAUAAUUAAUCUAUAUUUAAUAUAAUAUUACAAAGCUGAAGAGUUUGUUUGUUUGAACGCGCUAAUCUCCGGAACUACUGGUCUGAUUUGAAUAAUUCUUUUUGUGUUGGGUAGUGUAUUUAUCGAGGAAGGUUAUAGGCUAUAAAACAUCACGCUAUGGCCAAUAAGAGCCAAGCAGAGCGGGUGAAACCGCUCGGAAGUAGCUAUAUUAAUAUAGAUUUUCAACUGCUUAUUCAUUUAACCUUAAUUUUUAAAAUAAAUUACAUAAAUGAGACUCGAAACCCACUCAAGACGGAGAAUGCGGGUUGGAAUCUCGUAUCAUUCAAUUUUCUAAACUUACUUAUAUAUCACAUUAAAAGUCAAAAUUAUUUAUUUCAAAUAGACCAGGAAAGCACUUUUGAACGUCAACGCAAAUAUAUUAAUAUUAAUAACGUUUGUCUGUCGAUCAGUCCUCAAGUUGCUCUAUUUGCUCGUUCCAAAGUGUAGAUUCCUAUGGAGAAGAACGAGCAAGUAACUCCAUAGUUUACUCUAUUUCAAUCUGAUUCACAAUACAAUACUUGGUUACAUUGAGUAAAAAAUCACCACAAAAUCUACACUUCUAUUUCUCAAAUCUUCAACUUCCUUGGCGUCUAAACUUAUUAACAUUUUAAUUUAUUAAUUUCUCCAAUAUCUUCUUUAUAUUCGCAACUAAAACUCAUCAGAAUCUAUCCAGUAGUUAUGUAUAAAAUGUAACAAACUCUUCCACAAUUUUUCUAUAGUAUAAGCCGGUAAACAAGCAGACAGAUCACCUGAUAGUAAGCAAUCGCAGCCGCCCAUGGACACUUGAAACACCAGAGGCUUUUACAAGUGCGUUGCCGGCCUUUUGGGGGUUAGGAAUUUAAGGGUUGUUGGGGUAUCCGGGAAUGGGAAGGGAGGAUAAUUUGAUUGUAUUUAGCUAUAAAAACGCGAUUAAAGUCUACAUCUUAACAAUCAGCGCCAAAUAGUUUUGACAUUUCUAAGAUAGUAUUUCACCACCUCCAUGUAAGUCCCCAAUAAACUUAUGUGGCAGAUAGCUCAUACAAAUUACGUCCUAUAUUCUUUAUCUGGUAUAUAGCGGCUAUCCAGACAUUAGGAAACAGACCCCAACCGCCGUGCUAACUUAUUUAAUAGUUACUUAACCCAGUCCUUAGCAAUUGUUUUCGUAACAAAUCGUUACUAAGGAAUAGUUUAAGUAAUCAUUAAAUGUCUCCAAAUACGGCAAUUAGUCUAUUUUGUAAAUAAAUGUAUGAAAUUAUAGCGAAGAAAUUCAAUGUGUUUUAAAAGGCACUUUUCAAAAUUAUUUUGUAUGAUAAAAAUGUGAAACACAAGGUAUUAGGUUUUCCUUUAAAAUAAUAUUUUAUUAUGAAUUGUAUGAGUGUUAUGGUCAAACUGUAUUUUUUUUUAGGACAAUAGACCCCCUAUUACAUAGGACUUAUAACAUAAUAUAACUGGAGAAACUCAGAUCCUAUUAUAUGGGACUUAUAACUGGUUAAAAGUGGGGGUUACAUUGUACAUACAUAUAUGUACACCUCUGCCUACCCUUUCCCUUCAGAAAAAUGUGUUUGUAUACCAAAAAUUUGUUGUUUUUUUAAACUAAAAUUAUCUAAUUUUCAUUUACGACUGUGUAUAUGAAAAUAGCUCUUAUCAGCUUUGUAAUAGUACCGUUAUUCCUGUGUAUAUAGUUUUGAAAAAAAGUACAGUUUGAUCGUGAAAUGUUUUUGUAAAAAUUAGUAACUUUGAUUUAUUAAAUGUAUCUGUCUGUAUGUAUGUAAGUAUUUAUAAAUUAAAUGCACUUAAUGUACGCUUAGUACUAGGGGUUUAACAACCCCUUAGGGGGUCUUGAAUCACUUAAAAUUGCACCCCCAAUUAGGGUAAAAUGCUCAUUAAAAUCACCCUAAAAAUUAGGGGUCAUUCGACCCCCAAAAUAUUGACAUUGAAAAAAAUCUAUUGAUGGUAUCGAAAAAAGGCAAUUUUUAGUAAAAAAAAAAUUUGAAACUAAAAAUUAAAAAAAAAAAUCAAGCACUUGUACGCAAUAAUUGUGUAGAUAAUUAUUAUUAUAAUAUUUAUCUUUUCCUUUCGUUUAUCUUUUCUUUGUUAAAAAGAAAGGAACGGAUCAACUGUAACGUAAAUAUCUUUUAUCUUUUAAUCAUUUAUCCUUGUAAAUAUUAUAAGUAAAAUAACUUUAAAUGGUUUAUCUUUCAUAUAAAGUAGUUAUUAAUUUUAAAAAGGAAACAUUUCCUGCUUUUUAUCAUUCAGAGGGCUCUACAUUUUUACAAUCCAUUGAAUUUAUUAAUAUGGAAGUCAUAUGUUUUAGAAUCCAUAAAAAUUCAUGGAGUAUAUUAUUAUACAUUUAUUAAUUAUUAUUAUACUAUUAAUUAUAAUUAUAAUUAAUCAUAAAUAAAAAAAGAGAAAGGGUUUUUCCAUAAUAUCCAUUAAUUUAUUAAAAUUUAUGAGAGGGAUUAGGGGGUCGAUUUAAAAAGAAGGGGUUUUAAUUAGGGGGUCGAUUUAAAAGUGGGGGGUUUAUUCAUAAUUUUCAAAACUUGACCCUAAUUUCUGUCAUACAACCUUCUCAUAUAAUGUCAAAAAGGAAAUUAAUUAAAAAGAAAAUUGACAUUAAUUUUUCAAUCAUCAAAUAAAUUGAAUUUCAACACAAAUAAAAUGGUAAACCCUUUCUCUAUUUUUUAGCCUUGAAGUUGGCAAACGCGACUAACUUCACAUUUAUUCUUAUUAAACGCGUUGCUAACUUCAGGGCGGUCUGCGGAUUGACUUUUAAAAAAAUUGGAUUUCCUUUAUAAUCGACUGUGAUUCGUGUUUUCAUGUUAAUAAAAAUGUAUUUUCUAAGCGAUAUUUAUUUGUUUUAACCGCGCUUGUGAACAAAAGUCAAUCCACAGGUAACAAAAUCACAUUCAAACAUUUGUUUUUAGUUAAUGUGACUUUGAGAAUACAUACACUUAUGUAUAUUUUUUAUUAGUAGUGGCUGGGUUUAGGUUAAUAUAUAUUUCAUCACAUAAUUACCUAUUAAAGUUGCUAGCCCGAUCUAACGCAGCUUUCUAUCUAGCCACUUUAGAAGUUAAGUAUUUAAGUUCUUUUGGCCCGAAAAUCUAAGACUCAAUGAAUAUUUUUUAUCAAAAAAAUGAGUCUGUGACAUUAAAAUGCAAAAUGAAUGCUUCACUUUUGCGUGCGCUGUUUAUAAUUGUAAGCAAUAAGUAAAUUAAUUAAACAUUGGCUAAUAACACUGUCGAUAAAUAUAUAUUUUUAAAUCCAUAUCGACGGCUUUGACAUUUUAUCGAUAUAGUACAUCACUUUUAUUUUGACGUAACAUUCUGAUCAUCGAUAAGUUUUAUCGAUGUUUCUCGCACGCAAAGGUAAGGCCCAUUACUAUAAAGUAUAGAUUAUUAUAUAAAAUUUGUAAAUACCAAACUGCCAAUAAAUACAGAGAGAAGAAAAAAAAAACGAAAAAUUGCUAAAAAAAAAUCGUGAAAAAAAUAAGGAAAUUAUUUUUUAUUUGUAAAAAAUUACGAUUUUCAUGAUUUGAUAGGAAAAGUCGCGUUGUAUUCUUUUUUUUUACUACUAGUAGUUUUUAGUUAUUUUUUAUCCGAUAAAUAAAAAUAGUAUAAAUUGUUUAUAUAGAAA